AUGAGCCAACGCAUGAGGAUCCCGUUCACGGCUCCGUUCUCGCCUCCGACCAUCCUGCCUCGCUCUGCCCACACCGUCGACGGCGCCAUCGAUGCCCUCGCCAGCUUCCUCGCCGCUCCCCCUCCGCCGCUGCUCAGAGGCGUCAACCUGGGCCGCAACGAGCAGACGGUGCUGCUGACCGGAGCAGGCAUCUCGGUGGCAUCAGGGCUGGCAGACUACCGUGGAGAGAACGGGACAUACCGUCGGAACGUCGCCUACCGGCCGAUCUACUUCCACGAGUACGUGGGCCGGCAUGAGGCCAGGCAGCGAUACUGGGCCAGGAGCUUCAUCGGAUGGCCGACGAUGGGCCGGUCGAAGCCAAACGUCACUCACGAAUCUAUCGGACGGCUGGGGAGGAAAGGCUACAUCAGCUCGGUGAUUACGCAGAAUGUCGACUCGCUGCACAGCCAGGCGCAUCCCCAACUGCCCGUCCUCGAGCUUCACGGCUACCUGAGAUCGGUCAUCUGCGUCAGCUGCAGACACAAGAUACCCCGUCAGCAGUUCCAGGAGUCGCUGGCUGCCCUCAAUCCAGUCUGGGCAGACUUCCUCAACCGAGUCACAGAGUCUGGUGCCUUGAAUACGGAUGACGUCGAGCAGCAGCGGCAACGGGGCCUGAAGCUGAACCCGGACGGCGACGUGGAUCUCUCCAACGCCCAUUACUCUGGCUUUCGGUACCCUGUCUGUCCUCGAUGUCUGGAGAGCCCGCCCCUGCGCCCGGACGGGUCGAGAGCAGUGGUCGAGGCAGACCAGGACGGGGCGUUGGCCUCGCCUUCGAACGCCGGUAUACUCAAGCCGGCAGUCGUCAUGUUUGGCGAGUCGGUCAACGGAGAGGUCAAGGUUGCUGCUGAAGAGGCAGUCGAUGAAGCCGGCAAGCUGCUUGUGCUUGGAACCAGCCUGGCUACCUUUUCAGCAUGGAGGCUGGUCGAACGGGCUCUUGCGCGAGGCAUGUCGAUUGGAGUCGUGAACGUAGGCGGCAUCCGCAACGAAGCCGCCUUGUUCAGGGACAUCGACGCCCAUACGGUGGACAUGGCUCGAGUGAGAUGCAGCCAACCGGCCGAAGCUGUCAUGCCUGAAGUCGCUGCCAGGUUGCAAGCGCUUUCAUGA